UCUCUCUCUCUCUCUCUCUCUCUCUCGUUCCCUGUUUCUCUCGCCCUCCCCGUGUCUUUCCUCUGGACCUUGGUUUUGGACCCUCAGCUCCACAGAAACAGCUAGUCGUAUAGGUUUUUUUUUGUUUUUUGUUUUCCCUACCGAACUCCAUAGGAAAAAAAAACAAAAAAAAAACUUAUAUGCGCCUUUUGUCUUGCAGCGUCUGGGAGAAUAAGAACCGGAUCCUGGUGAACAUCAGAGGUACAAACGCAAUGAAGUGAACGAAUGAGCGAAUGUCCUUUCAUCAGUAGAGAUCAGUAGAGAUGAAGGUGUGCCCGAACAUGUCCAACCCACUGGAAAGGAUUAUGGCAGAGAAGAAGGAGGCAAUUGAGGCCGUGAUGGACAUGUUCGGGAGAGGUGCUGAGGUCUUGGCCAGUGCAGUGGGAGAGCUGUUCCCCUUAUGUGAGGUCGCUGCUCCGGUCCUCCGCCUGGUCUUGGACAAUGUUCAGAGCAAAGAGGUCUUUUAUGUCAAGGAACAAUUUCUGACGGUGAAGAACAAACUGGACGUGCUUUCCACGGAGCUCGAGGAUAUAGACUGCGAGAUCAAGAGGGGCAGACUGGACUCUCAGUACUUCUCGGUGGAGGAGAACAUUAGGAACCAGUUCAGAAAAUACAUUGACAUAAUAGAAGCUAAGCCGCAGUUCAGGGAGGUGAAGAUCAGACUGUUUCUGGAGCACUUUGCCAAAACUGGAGGAGAGAAAAAUCUGUUUGUGUUGUAUGACGCUUUAAUGGGCAACAACAGCUUCGGAGAACCUGUCUUAGUAUUGGUCGAGAGAUACGUGGCGAGGAACCGUCGUCUCUUGGAAGAUUUUUGCGUCCGCAUGAAAGAGCUGUUCUGCCUGGGCCUGAUUGUUUUGCUUGGACAUUGCACUUUGACCCAAGGCCAAGAGGAAGAAGACGAGAAAAUUCAAGAAUGGAGCGGUAAAAUGGAGGAAGUGGAGUCCAGCAUGAAGAUGACCAUCGAGUCGUGCGUUGCUGCCUUUCCGGAGCAAGCAAAAUUAGAUUCUGAACAACUCCUGCAAAAAAAAGGAGAAGAAGACCUGCAGGACACGACCCAGCGGCUUUUGAACUUCUUGGUGAAAAAGUACGAUUGGGUCAGCUGGUCCGUACGGCUGAUGAAACACUCAGAUGGUACCUACCGCAACUGGAGAGCAGGCGAACACUUUCACCACGUUGCAGGUCAGAACUGGUUUGAGGUGCUGGAUGUCAACAGUUUAAACCUGGUGGUGUCGUUCAGCACCGAACCACGGCCAGUUUCUCGUGACUGCAUCCAACAGGUGAUGGAAGCUCAAGGGAAGAAGGGGAACUGUCAGGUGGUGGUGGAGGUGUUGGAGAAGCAGUUCUGCGGGUUUGUUGUUCAUGCCGUCAGUCGCCACAAGGAGGCUGCAGCUGCGUGGAGCUUCCCGGAGGAUUGUCACUACUGGGAGAGACACAAAAAUGUAGCGGUGUGUGUUCACUCGGAGUAAACGUGACCCGCUCAUAGCAUAGCAGAGGUGGAAAGAGUACUAAAAAUAUUCUACUCUAAUGAAUUUGUACUUAAGUGCAGUACAAUUAUCGGUCGAAAAAUAUCAACUCAAGUAUUAAGCAGGUUUAAAAUGUACUUAACUUACAGUAUUUUCCGGACUAUAAGUCGCACCUUUUUUUCCCUCCUUUGGCCGUGUUAGCGACUUGUACUCCGGAGAGUUAACGAUAACAAAACAUGUCAGGUUGUGUUUUUGAUUUACCUUUGUUUACCUUGUAAGGGAUGUGAUUUACCAAAUAUACCAAAGUACAAAGUAAGUUUUUGAU